UUUUGUUCUUGUUGCAGACAAGGUCAACUUCGGUUUCUUUAUUGCUUCUUAAGAAUGGUUUCUCCACCAGUACAAGAGGAUGUAUCCGCUGUGAAAGAAGUUACUGGUGUUGGUGACCUGCAAGGUCUCGAGUUUGUUUGUGACCAUGAAGGGUAUCGUUACUACAAAAACACGGAGACUGGAAAGCAAUGCUGUUUGGAUUCUACUGGUCAUUGGUUUUUGUUUGAUGAAAAUAACGGCACCUUUAUACCUAUGAAUGAUGCUAACAAAUCAUCAGCUACGCCUAAACCAAAAGAGGAUAAGGGAGACCCAAGGUUACGAAAUGUUGAGCGAUUUGGCAUAAAAUUUGAUCAUAAUGGUCGUCCUAUUUUUCCGAAGAACGAGCGUGGAUUGUUCAUUCUGCCAAAAGAUGAAAAAAGAUUACCUUUCUUUCCUGUUGACGAAAAAGCUAGGCCAAUAUUUCCAUACGACUAUACAAAAGGCGAAUCGGCCUUCCCAGUUGACGAUACUGAUGAACCAAUUUUCCCUCGGAAUGCACAUAAUAAACCGAUUGUACCAAAUGAUAAAAAUGGACAGCCGUUAUUCCCAAAAGAUGUUUCAGGAAAUUUUAUUUUUCCUCUUAAUGAGAACAAUUGCCCUAUACCUGCACUUACUUUGGAAGGCUUACCUGUUGUCCCAAAAGACGCUUAUGGAAAUUUUGUGAUACCCCAAGAUCGUGACGGAAAUCCUUUAAUUCAUAUUGCUUCUGAUGGUGUAACUCCUGUUUCUGCAGCGGAGUGGAAACAAUGGAAAAAAUUUUAUAGAGAUCAGGCGCGUACUUUUUACAAACAACAACAAUUACAUAUGGCCGUUCAGAAUGUUCCUCGUUCUUCUGCUAAUCAUUCAAUUACUAAUUCGAUGUUUCAUCCUGUAAAUUUGGAACAGCAAAGUGUAUUUUUUGCUGCAGAUAUGCAAAUGCUUCAAAUGACUCGUAGAGUUCGACCUGAGGAUGUUGACUUGCCUGCAGCAGAAGAUAUUCAACAGCCAAUGGAAUUUUCAGCAGAUGUUGGAAAAAAUGGAGAAGCGUCUAUGGAUCCAAAACAAUUGAAAAGGAAAAAAUUUAUUGAAGCUCAAUUAAAAUCUAUUAAAAAACCACUUUCACCUAAAAUUGAAGUAAAGAAAUCAAAGAAAGAAGUUAAAGCUGGAAAGGAACGAAAAAAGAAUAAAACAAAAGAAUCAUCUCGCCGAAAUAAAAAGAAGAAUAGAUCCCGUAAAAGACGGCGUUCUUCUACACGUUCCCGCUCUACAUCGCGUGACACAUUGGAAAUGGUUUCCCGAGGCAAGCGAAAUGAAAAGAAACAUUCCCGAUCUUCUCGCUCGUCUAGUCAACGUUCGGAAUCUUCUGUUACUUCACGUUCAACGCAAGCGUCCAGUUUUACAUCCGAAAAUAAAGAAGAGGAAGAAAGACUUAGAAAACGUUUACUUUCCAAGACUAUUCCUGCAAAUGAAUCUGUUAAAGAUAUGAAACUAGAAGCGGAAGAAUAUGGGCCCAAACCACCGGCUGUGUUGAAAGGUGGAUCUUCCGACAUGGAAUUAUCAGAUGAGGAAAGAAGAGCUGAGGAAGCUGUACUCCAACAACCAAAAUUGGAAAUUGUUGAAGAAAUGAGCAGUACAAGCAUUGGAAAAAACAUUCAAAACUGCAAACCAGUGAUGGGACCAUUCAAUGUUAAAGAGGUGCUUGAAUCUGGGCAUAUUGAUUUGAUUAAAUCUUGCAAAGAGCAGGAACGAGAAAGCUAUGAUCAACUAAAAUUGAAAAUUGCUGAAUUACUUGUUGAAAAAAGCAUUCACAAAUUAAAUUUGGUCAAACUUAGAGAGGCAGAAAAACGUAUAGAAGGAUGUGAUGCUGACAAAGUGUCUGUAUCCUCUGAUGAUGGUGUUUAA